GCCUGCCACAGGACCAUUUUCAGCAUACUUUCCUUUGAUAUCUGUUUUAAAUUUUCCGAAUGCUCAUCUUUAUCAGAAAUAAUACUUCAUUUUUGAGGACCUGAAGAAUUAGAUUCGCCUAUGAAUUCAACCUUGCAUGGUGGAGGAAGAAACCUCCAAAUUACCUUUAUUGCGACAUCAUAUCCUUUGCAUAUAGUUGCAUGUGGCUGAGGCUUCCCAGAAACGACCCAGAGCUUGAACUGACAGCCCUCUGUUGGUCAAUCAAAGCGUGAUCUUCCUAUAACUGUCAACAAGAGGAACAAUUAUCUCAGAUGACAGAGCUCACGUUUCUGAGUGCGACUGGAGCUUCGAGUGACAGCGCUCCUUCUUCGUGCUGAAAAUGGCAGAUGCCAAGGAGUGCGUUGAUGGGAUUAAGACAUAUGACAAUCCUGGGUUGGAGGAGCUGGUCCAACCUUCCUGCUCGCAGGAUGGGGUGCAUCAGAACCAGCCCCCGCCAUACAUGCCACCACCCUACCCAAUGACUCCAUACCCUCCCCAAGUGCCCCCAGAGCCUGGAUUCAUCAUGGACCCACCCCCCGAAUACUGGCCCAAACCUGAAGAGCAGAACCUACCAGUUGAGACUGCAGUGACCAGCAUGCCGUCCGAAACAAUUCUGGCCACAUUCGAUGACAAAACCACCCGCAGAGCUUUCAUUCGGAAGGUGUUCUGCGUGGUAACCCUGCAGCUGCUGGUCACCUUCAGCAUAGUGUGCGUGUUCACCUUCUCCAAAACAGUUCAGGACUGGGUGCGCGGUCACAUCUGGGUGUACCUGAGCUCCUACAUUGUGUUUGCGGUGGUGUCUGUCUGCCUGGCCCUCUGCAGUUCCUUCAGCAGGAGCCACCCCUGGAAUAUGUUGGGGCUGGCGGUCGUCACUCUGAGUCUGUCUUACAUGGUCGGUACCGUGGCCUCCUACCACAACACAGCGGCCGUGAUUAUUGCCAUGGGAUCCACACUAGUCCUGUCCUUCAGCAUUGUCAUCUUCUCAGCCCAGACUCGCGUGGAUUUCACUUUGUGCAACGGAGCGAUACUGGUCCUGGCUACGACUCUGCUGAUGUUCGGCUUCUUCUCCAUCUUCUUCUACUCCUCGGUCCUGCAGAUCGUGUAUGGCUCUCUGGGAGCUCUGUUGUUCUCCAUGUUCCUGGCUGUGGACUGCCAGCUGGUCAUGGGCAGAGAGAAAUACGGCCUAAGCCCAGAGGAGUACAUCUUCGCUGCUCUCAUACUCUAUCUGGACAUCAUCAACGUCUUCCUCUACCUGCUCAUUCUGUUUGGAGGCAGCUCUAACAACUAGGCAUGCAUGCAGACCACACAUGCAUGCAUGCACAGAGUGAAACAUGCAGAAAUGUGCAGACACAAAGAACAUCAGACACAGCAUGAAAAUCUCUGCUUUAAUGCUGAACAAUUUGAAAAGCAGGUGCAAUACUUGUUAACAGCAUUCGGCAAGUAAGCAUCAGGCCUUCGUAUUCUGCAUACGUCAACUAAGAUGUUAACUUCCUGUUACCACAAACGUUAACUUCCUGUUACCACAAAUGUAUCAACAAAGGAACCGUGGACCGGAAAAGCUGAUCACAAAAUAAACAAAAUGAAACAUUAA